AUUUGGAAGUGGCAGGUCGUCCAUAGUCAUGAGGACAACUCCCAUAGCAGUAUUCAUGGCCUUUGGGACGAAAGGCGAUGUCCAUCCAAUCGCCGCCAUAGCUGCUGCUUUUGCAGUUGACAUGGAGCAAUAUAACGUAUUUUUUAUAACUCAUUCAGCACAUGAGGGCCUGAAAGUGCACUUAGAAGCAAAAAGAGUCGUUUAUCUCCCUGUUUCAUCACCACCUGCUUUGGCACCGCAUGAUGAUAGUGCUCCCCCAGCAGGCUCCAAAGACUUGUCUUUCACUCUCCAGAAGAGGGAAAUUACAAGAGAUCACAGAAGAGAAUGUGUUUCAAUUGUUGAAAGGAUAUUUGGAGAUGGCUUGAGCUUGCAGAGCGACCUUAUGGUUAUAAAUUUCUUUGCACUGGAAGGGUGGAGCCUUGCUGAAUUGUUUCACCUCCGCUGUGUUGUUGCUGCUCCCUAUGUAGUCCCUUAUAGUGCCCCAUCAUCAUAUGAAGGAAAAUUUAGCAAAGAACUUCCAGAUUUAUAUAAAUACCUUAAAGAAGCUCCAGAUGAUAAGGUUGGUUGGAAGGAUGUAAUUCAUUGGAUGUGGCCGCUCUUUACAGAUGAAUGGGGAUCUUGGAGAAAUGUUGAACUUAGGCUGAGUGCCUGUCCUUUUACGGAUCCAGUAACAGGGCUUCCAGCAUGGCAUGAUAGGCCUUCUUCCCCCCUAAUACUGUAUGGAUUUAGCAAAGAAGUAGUUGAAUGCCCUGGCUAUUGGCCAUCAAGGGUACAGGUAUCUGGCUUUUGGUUUCUUUCCUCAGAAUGGCAGUUUUCAUGCAACAAAUGUGCCGAAAUUUCUGCUUUAGUUUCUUCAAUGCCUUUGAACACAAAAGAUGAGUUGUGCUCAACUCAUGUUAAGUUACAAUCCUUUAUGUCUGCUCCUGCGCCAGAGCUACCUAUUUUCAUUGGUCUAAGUUCCAUUGGAAGCAUGGGCCUUAUGAGAAAUCCCCAAGCAUUUCUUCAAGUAAUAGAGAAUGUUAUAGGCAUUUCAAGUCAUCGAUUUCUAUUAUUCUCAGCUGGCUAUGGCCCUUUAGACACUGCUAUUAAUUCAUUAGCACAGAAUGGACUAGUUGGUUCAGAAAGAAGACAGUCAAGUAGAGAUGGAGUGUCCAUUUUUGGUGGACGGCUUUUUUGUUACUCUGGUAUCAUACCAUACAACUGGCUGUUUCCAAGAUGUGCUGCUGUAAUUCAUCAUGGAGGAAGUGGGUCUACUGCUGCUGCAUUACGCUCAGGAACUCCCCAGGUAAUUUGUCCAUUUUUAAUGGACCAAUUUUACUGGGCUGAGAGGAUGUUUUGGAUUGGAGUAGCCCCGGUGCCAUUAAAAAGGCACCAGCUACUUCCAGAUAAAGAUGAGGAUUUAUGCAUCAGGGAAGUUGCAGAAGUAGUUGCCAGGGCAAUAGGUUCUGCAUUAUCUGUUGAAGUGAGAGCACGUGCUUUAGAUAUUGCAAAAAGAAUAUCAUCUGAGGAUGGAGUUUCACAAGCGGUGCAAGCUCUAAAGGAGGAGGUGGGCUUUUUAGGUUCCAGGAAAGGUUACCAUUAGCCAAGUGUGUAUUAGCUACUAACUUACACCUAACGCUUCAUAUUAUUAACUUAAAUUUAACGCUUCAUACUGAAUUUACUAGUUUGCUUUCCUCAUGAUUCAUUCUCUUGUCCUUUCUGUCCCUUCCUUUGUUUACAUCAUAGGAUGUACAUUUCAUACACUGAAUUUUAAAUUCAGGCAUCUGCAUACAUCUGAAUUAGUACUUUCUGUAGUUCAGAUGUUGAAAACAAUUGGCUUAAAUCUAGAAGACUGCUAAGCAAACUAUUCUGGGGAUACAUGUGAUGUGGUCCGCACUCCACUCAGUUUGUGUCCAUUUCGUUAGUUCAAUAGUUGCUGCCAAAGUAUCCUGGUGUGCGCAUACUGCUACUCAGAUAAUGUGCUUGGAACCCUUGUGCAUUGAUGAUGUGAGGAUAUGUAUAUUGAUAUUCUUGACUUAUCUGGUUCACCUUAGAAAUGGCACAAAAUAGUGCAUAUAUUCUUGUGUUUUAGGAGCGUAAUUAGACUUGAGAAUUGUUUUCCUGCAUCUCAUUUAGCCGGAGUAUUGUUUAUCUUUGAAUGUAAAAGGUGUUUAGUGAGGUAAUCAUUACACGGGGAUUACGUUUGCAUUUAAUCUCCUUUCCUUUUGAUUCUGGUUUCACUGGUCAAGCAGGAACUUCUUUUUGAGCCUCGGACGAUGGGAGUGCCCAGGUCAACUUUAAGCAACAUUUGGACUGCUCCCACUAAGAAACAUUUUCCAACGUAGGCUUACUAAGUCCAAGUUGGCAACUGUAAUGACUAAUGAGUAUGCAGAGUCGGUUGGUUGGUUGGUAGAUCAAUUGAAUGACCAAUGUCGUCAGUCUGCAAAUGGUAACAUUCAUGUCUCAAAGGUCAAGCAAGAGUAAUGCCAGGACAGAGGACUGGAAGACCGAGAUGUGAAUCUGUGAUCUCUUGUGAUCCACAACUAAAGCUCGACCCAUUAUAUCAAAACUAGUCCUCUUGAAGUCUGGUGGACCCGUAAGAAUUGAUCCGGACACACCUGUGUUGAAAAAAAAAAAAAAAAUCUCGUGGAUAAUGUGCUUCUACAAUAACAUCCUUCCAGACGCCAAGAGAACGUAGCUCCUCAUUGUUGUAUCAUUCCUCGAAAACCCAUUUGUAUUUUUGUUCUUGCUUGCAUUUUAUCAAUGUGGUCAUCUAGUUUGUCAAACUGAUAAUUUUGAGAAGUACAUAAGGAGGUUUUCUUA